UUUAAGUCUCCCUCAAGGUCAGACCUGGGGGUUUUGCAAGCCGAUAUUGAUUUGACCGUUCAUCUGUCGGAAACUGAACUCCAGAAGUAGAUUUUUGUCUUGCCAUGUUCUGGGAAUCUGUUUUUGCAUAUUCACAGAUCAAUGAUCUUUUAUCACGACCGAAUCUCACAAUCAAAGAACUUCUGGAUGAUGAUGAUGUUUUACAAAAAUGUCGUGAAAAAGAUCCACGUUUAAUUGAUUUUUUAUCAAGGUCAGAUAAUUUAGAUUAUCUAAUAGAUUUAGUUAGUCGAACACCCGAAUCUUUUGUUUUUAAUCGAGAUCUGUAUAGAUAUUCUAGUUUAGCUUGUGAAAUUCUAACAAAUGAUAUCAAUGAAAUACUAGACGGGAUAAUUGAAUUAACCGAAUCCACAAUUGAUCAACAUACUCCCAAUGAGUCACAUAAUAAUGAUAGUAAUAAUAACAACAAUGAUAAUAAUAAUAAUAGUCGCAUGUUAGAGUCUGAUCAUAUAAAAUCUAUAUCAAUACCAUCCUCCUUCUCUUCACCUUUACCAUCAUCUUCAAUGAUUAUCAAUGAUCAAAGUUGUAAUGAUAUGUUAAUAGUUGGUAAUAAUUCAUCGGAACUAUACCAAAUCAAUCAUAAUCUUACUGAUCAUUAUUCAAAUAUUCAUAAUGAUGAUGAUAAUAAUGAUGGUCUCAAUCAUUUAUCAUCUUCAAUGUCUAUUAUUAAUGAAUCAUCUCUUAUCAAUAGUCAUAAUAAUAAUAAUAAUAAUAAUAAUAAUAAUAAUAAUAAUAAUAAUAAUAACAACUCAGUAAAUCAUUUAAAUGAAAUCUUCUCAUCUAAUUUACAAAUUUCAUCACCAAUAUCCUUGUCAACACCUCAUUCAUCUACAAUAAUUAAAUCAAAUGAUUCUAUUCAAGUGAAUUCAUCAACGACUAAACGUCGACGUGUAGAUGUAUUAUUGAAAUUUUUUCAUUAUUCUAAUCAACCAGUUAAUCCAUUAUCAGCUAGUUUUGUUUCACGUUUAUUAAUACAUUUAACAUUACAUCGUGGAAAUAUUAUUAUACCUUAUUUGCGAUCAUCAAAAGAAUUUCUUGAUCAGUUAUUCUUAUCAUUGGAUUCAUGCUCUGUGGCUGAUUUAAUUAUACAAUUAUCUCAACAAGAAACAAAACAACAACAUAUUAUUUUUGAAUGGUUUAAAACCGAUCGACUUGUUGAACGUCUUAUUGAAAAACUUGAUCCAAUCUAUUCGUCUGAUGCACAUGAAUCAGCAGCUCAUUGUCUAAUCGAACUUAUCACUGUUCUACGCAAUUAUUUAGUGAAUAAUCCUCCAAAUUUAGAUAAUAGUGAUAUGUUAGUGAAUUCAAUGACAACUGUAACCACUACUACUAAUAAUAUUGGUUCUAGUAGUAUAUCUGGAUCACCAUUAAAUAGUCCAUAUUCCAGUUUAUUUGAUAAAGAUGAAGAAACAUAUAAAGCAGCUGAAAAUUUACUAAAUGUAUUAGAAAGUGAAGAAACUAUGUCAAUGUUAUUAAAUCGUAUUAUAGCUAAUGAAUACGCCGUACCAUCUAUUUUAGUCAGUUGUGUAAAUGUAUGUAUUGCUUUAAUCGGUAAAAAAAAGCCUGAGUCAAGUUUUCCUGUUGGAGAAGACGGACAUGGUUUAGAUUUUGAUGCAUUAAUUAAAUGUUCCGGUGAUAUUAGCAACAGUUUGAAAUCUAUAUUACGUAAUACUACUACUACUAAUAAUAAUAAUAAUAAUGAUACUAAUAAUAAUAAUCAUCCAGGCAAUAAUCUCUCUUCUACUGCGGAUAAUCAUAUCAAUGAUAUUGUUGAAAAGUCGAACCAAUUAAUUACUUCAUCAAAAGAUGAUAAUACUACUACUACUAAUAAUAAUAAUAAUACCGUUAUUGAUAAAUUACAUAUAAUGAAAGCUUCAGAAAAUCUAAUCAAAAUGACUCUACCACAUUUAGAUGAAUUGCAUAAUUUAUUGAAACGAUUUCAUCCACAAUUUUAUAAUUGUAUGCCAACAACUCAUUGUACAUUGAAUCCACCACUUGGACGUUGUCGUCUAGCUAUUCUACAAUUAAUUGCUUCACUUAUAUCUUUACCUAUUAGUACUAAUUUAUCUAAAGCAAUUGUAGAUAAUGGAUUUUUGAAAACUUCAAUGGAAUUAUUCGCUUUAUAUCCAUACAAUACAUUUUUACAUCAUUAUGUUACUGAUAUUAUUAAAUCAGUAUUUAAACAUUCAGGAUUUGUUAACAAUAUUAAUAGUAAUCAUAACUCCUCCACUAAUGUAUCUGAUAAUGAUCUCAUCAAUACGACUACUACAAAUACUACUAGUAGUAGUACUAUUACUGUUGAACUAUCUUCUAAUCAUCACAAUAAUCAACUCACCGAAUCUUUAUCCCCUUCAAUAUCAUCAUCAUCAACAGCAGCAGAUGAUUCGUCGACGAAUACUGCUACCACUGAAACAACUGAUUCUGAUGAUGUAAUCCAUUCAACAAAUUCAUCUAUUACUAAUAAAUUUAAUAAAAAUAUAUUAAUUCAUUUAAUAAAAGAUCAUCAUCUUAUUGAUUGGUGUAUAACAUUAUCUCCUUUACCAUCAUUGAAUGAACGUCCAAAUGAUGAAGAUUCACCGAAUUGCUUAGUUCGAUUAUCGAAAUACCCUGUAAAAUCAGGUUAUUCAGGACAUAUCUGGCAAAUUGGUAACCUAAUUGUAGCAGCAAUGAAUGGUCCAUAUGGAGAAUUUUUAAAAUCUCUUAUUCAAGAUUUACAUCCGAAUACUCAAAAUCAAUGGUCAGAUUUUGUCAAAGAUCUCAAUGUGAUCAACUCGGUAGAAGUUGCUGAGACAUCUCAAUCUGCCAUUGAAGGUCUUAAUCAUUCUGAUGUUCCAUUUGUUCUGGCACCUGUUACAUCAUCAAAUUUAAUGCAAAAUAAAUUAUUAGAUCUAAAUGGGAAAUCAUCAUCAUCAUCGUCAUCAUCAUAUUUCUUAGAUGAUAUUGAUGAUAAUAAUAAACAUGAUGAAUAUGAUAAAACUAAUCAUGAAUAUCUUGCUUAUCAUCCAGUAAUACCAGCAUCUACAAUAGUUAAUCUACAUCGACAAACUAUUUUACAAAAUUUUAUGGAUUCAUGGUUAGAUCCAGAUGAAGAAACUGAACCUAAUAGUGAUCAUAGUAAUAGUAUUUAUAAUAAUAAUAAUAAUAAUCAAUCUGAAGAAAAAGAUCAAGUUAAAACAUCUGAUCUUCAUAUUGGGAUUUCUGGACCUUUAAGAGAAAUGUAUUUUAAUAAUAAUAAUAAUGGUGAUAGCGAUGAUGAUUAUUUCAAUGGUCAUGAUAAUGAAGAUGAUGAUAAAGAUGAAAAUGACAAUUUGGAAAAAGAUAAAGAUAAUAUUCAUAGUAAAGGUUAUUUUAACAGUGACGAGGACGAUGAUGAUGAUGAUGAUGAUGACGAAGAAGAUCUUAAAUCACCAAUUCAAAUUAAACAACAACAUUCCAGUAAACAAUCAAACAUGAACCCUGAUAGUUCAACAUUUAUAUUGAAUAAUGAUUCAAAUAAAUUAACUGAAGUAUCUUAUAUAACAACUUAUAAUAAUGAAUCUUCUAUCAUAAUAAACAGUAAUGAUAAUAAUUUAAAUAAACUAUCUACAACAAUACCUACUUCUACUCCUCCUCCUCCUCCUACCACUACUCACACUACUCAUACUACUACCACUAAUAGUAGUAGUAUAUCAGAAAAUAUUGCAAAUACCUUCAUAAAUGGUAAUGAAGAAACAGAACAAUUCAAGCACAAUACUUCAUCAGAAUCCAUUGUAACAUUAUUAAAUGCAAAUUUUUUUAAAAAGUGA